GUUUGGUUAUUUGCGUUACUGUCACCUUCCUGUCAGCUUGAACCAGUCUGGCCAUUCUUCAUUGACUUCUCUCAUUAACAAGGUAUUUCUGCCUGCAGAACUGCUGCUCACUGGAUGUUUUUUGCACCAUCCUGAGUAAACUCUAGAGACUGUUGUGUGUGAAAAUCACAGGAGAUCAGCAGUUACAGAAAACACUCAAACCUGCCCACCAAUAAACAUGCCAGAGUUGAAAUCACUAAGAUAACAUUUUUCCCAAUUCUGAUGGUUGAUGUGAACAUUAACUGAAGCUCCUGAUCCGUAUCUGCAUGAUCGUAUGCAUUGCACUGCUGCUAUACGAUUGGCUGAUUAGAUGGAAUGAAUAAGUAGGUGUACAGGUGUUCCCAAUAAAGUGCUCAGUGAGUGUAUGUUGCCUCGACUAAAAAGAGCAACAUCCACUGGAGAAGAAUCUGAUUUAAACGGUUCCACUUUCAUGUGAAAUGUAGGCAUAUUCAAUUUGGCGAACUUGCUUUCUCUGCAUGACUCGGCUUGUGAGAGGCUUGCGUCAGUAAUUUCCUCUUAAUGUUCGUCUUUGCCAGGGCUGGCACGCACAGGGCAUCUGCUCGUGUCAACGUUAACACGACGAGAACAACUGCGGACCGCGUUCUCAGUUACCGGGGCCCCUGCAUUUCAGAUUCACUUUUGUUUUACAAGCGAAGACGGCUCAGAUUAUCAUCUCCGUUGCCAUGGCGUUGGAGCCGUCGCCGUGGAGACACCUUGGCCAAACCCAAAACAGCAGGUGUGUCCGGGGAAGGGGAGCGCAGUUGCGUCCUCCUCUCGCCACAGGUUCCACCGUCAGUCAGUCUCAGCGCCCCGUCCGCCUGCUAUCCCGCUAUCCCGCUCUCCCGGUAUCCCGCUAUCCCGCCUGACACUGCACAGCAAUGCCGCGCAGGAAGUCGGACCUCGCCAUACGAAUGGAAGAUGUGGGAAUGGAAAUUGAUGGUCAGGUGGAGAGUGAGAGUGACGAGGAACCCGUGAGAAGACCAAAGUCAAACAGGAGGCAGCGGGCAGCCUCUCCAGCAGCCGGCAGGAACAAGAAACCAGUGGGACGGAAGGGCAGGAGGGACCAGAGCGAGGAAGAGGAGGAGGAGGAGGAGGAGGAAGAGGACCUGCCACGGAAGAGAAAAGCGAACAAGAAGAAGUCCAGGGUGCAGGACAGCGAGGAAGAUGAGGAGAGCGAGGACGAGCGGCGAAACAGGAGGAAGGGCGGCAAAGGGACCGGCAGGAAGAAGAAGAAAGCGCCGGACAGCGAGGACGAGAGCGAGGAAGACGAGAAACCCAAGAAGGGGAGGAACGCGAAAGGAGGCGGCAAGAAGGAGAAGGAAGAGCAGAACAAGAAGGAGAAGAAGGGACAGGGGGACGCCAAGGGGAAAGGGAAGGACAGAGGGAACGAGAAAGAUAAGAAAAAGAGGGGCAAUCUCAGCAGCUCCUCGGACUCGGACGGGGAGUCGGAUGACGAGGACUCCCUGUCGGAGGGGGAGAUGGCACGGCUGAAGGAGGAGGUGGAGGAGAAGAAGAAGCUCAUCUCCAACAUGAGGAACAAACCCUGGCGCAUGAAGAGGAGGCUCCUGUGCUUAAAAGAAGCUCAGCAGUUUGUGGAGAAGUUUGAGGGGGCCUUGGGGAAAGGAAAAGGAAGGAAGCUCUAUGCCUACAAAGUGAUGAUGACGAAGAAAUGGAUCAAGUUCAACAGAGAUUUUGAGAAUUUUAAGACGGCGUGCAUACCUUGGGAAAGAAAAAUAAAAGAAGUUGAAAGUCAUUUCGGCUCCUCCGUGGCCUCGUACUUCCUGUUCCUCAGGUGGAUGUACGGGAUGAACCUGGUCCUCUUUGGCUUCAUGUUCGGCCUCGUCGUGAUCCCUGAGCUGUUGAUGGGGCUUCCGCACGGAACGAUUCCCCGCAAGACUGUGCCGAGGGACGAGCAGGACAAAGCCAUGGACUUUUCCGUCCUCAUGGAUUUUGGUGGCUACUGCAAGUAUUCUGUUCUGUUUUACGGUUUCUAUAACGACCAGAGAACGAUUGGCUUGCUGAAGUUCCGGCUCCCUCUGUCCUAUCUGCUGGUGGGAGUCGGAUCCUUUGGAUACAGCCUCAUGGUUGUGAUCAGAACCAUGGCGAAGAACUCUAACGAAGGUGGAGACGGAGCGGAGGAUGGUGCCUUCACCUUCGCCUGGAAGCUCUUCACCAGCUGGGACUACCUCAUCGGCAAUGCUGAGACGGCCGACAACAAGUUCGCUUCCAUCACCACCAGCUUUAAGGAAUCUAUUGUGGAUGAGCAAGAGAACCAGAAGGAUGAAAACAUCCAUCUAAGGAGGUUCCUGAGGGUUCUGGCCAACCUCCUGAUCCUCUGCAGCCUCGGAGGAAGUGGCUACCUCAUCUACUACGUGGUGAAGAGGUCACAGGAGUUUGCCAACCUGGACGAAGACCAACUGAGCUGGUUCCAGAAGAACGAGGUUGAGUUUGUGAUGUCACUGCUGGGGCUGGUGUGUCCGCCGCUCUUCGAGACCAUCGCUGAGCUGGAGGAGUACCACCCGCGCAUCGCGCUCAAGUGGCAGCUGGCGCGCAUCUUCGCCCUCUUCCUGGGGAACCUCUACACCUUCCUCUUCGCCCUCUUCGACGAGGUCAACGCGAAGCUAGAGAAGGAGAAGUCGAUCAGAAAUGCCACCAUCUGGGCCAUGAAUGAGUACUACGCAAAUUACUCACUGACCUACAACACCACCGAUGUCCCUCCACGCAACAUCAACCCCGCUGACGUCAUCAGAGGGCCGUGCUGGGAGACCGCUGUUGGCAUAGAAUUUGUGAAGCUGACCGUCUCUGACAUCCAGGUGACGUACCUGACCAUCCUGAUCGGUGACUUCCUGCGGGCCAUGAUCGUGCGCUUCCUCAACUACUGCUGGUGCUGGGACCUGGAGGCCGGAUUUCCAUCGUACGGAGAGUUUGACAUCAGUGGAAAUGUACUUGGACUCAUCUUCAACCAAGGAAUGAUUUGGAUGGGAGCGUUCUACGCCCCGGGAUUGGUGGGGAUUAACGUGCUCCGCCUCCUGAUGUCCAUGUACUACCAGUGCUGGGCCGUGAUGACCUGUAACGUCCCUCACGAGCGCGUCUUCAAGGCCUCGCGCUCCAACAACUUCUACAUGGGCCUGCUGCUGCUCGUGCUGUUCCUCAGUCUACUGCCCGUCAUCUACACCAUCAUGACCCUGUCCCCCUCCUUCGACUGCGGCCCCUUCAGUGGGAGGCAGAAGAUGUAUGAUGUCAUAAUGGAGACCAUAGACAAGGAUCUGCCUGCCUUCAUGGGGACUCUGUUCAGCUAUGCAUCUAACCCUGGACUUAUCAUGCCAGCAGUCCUGCUCAUGGUGUUGGCAAUUUACUACCUGAAUUCGGUGUCAAAGGCUUAUCAGAAUGCGAACGUCGAGCUGAAGAAGAAGAUGCAGAUGCAACGAGACGAGGAGAAGAACAGACGGAACAACAAAGACAGCACCAACCAGGUCAUGAAGGACCUGGAGGACCUGCUCCCCAACAAAUCCCUGAUACCCCCUCCAGUCCUGGAGGAACCUGAAGAAGAAGAAGUUGAGCAGAGGAGCAAGUCCAAGUCCCCGAAGGUGUCGGGGAAACCGGGAGCGGCAGCCAAUGGGAAAGGAGGGGUCAAACUACAGAGGGACGUCUCGCUGGCCGCGGCCAAUCCCCGCUCGCCUGUGACCCGCCCCCCUGGCCCCCUCCCUGGACACCCCCGCACGCAGGGGCCCCCUCCCGGGCGGGGCAGGGGGAGGGGACAGCCCCCCAGGCGAUAGCGGGAACACACGCGCUCUCCCGCCAGGUCCUGGUAAGACUGUCUCCCUCUAGUGUCUCUGUUUCCUGUGGCUUAUGGGGACUCUGAAGGACUAAAGAGAUACGAAGGCUUCAGAAACUGAACUGAACUGAAGAACACCUCAGAAAGCGACCGGAAGUCCAGCUACGGCGACUGGAAAACCUGUGCAUUAUCUGUACAAAAUCAAUGUGCGAACCAGGGGAGAUGUCACAUAAUUUCAUAGUGUUAACACACAAACUUGUAAUUGUGUCAUUUUAUACAGAGUGCCUUCUCAGGCUGUGUGAAAACUUGGGAUAAAGGACCCUAAGACGAUAAUGUUUUAAUUCAAAAUAUGAUCUGGAUAUAAGUACACUGGUGAGGGCCAAACUCUUCUGAGAGGCUCACUAGACUCAUAUGGUACCAUGGCAUUGUAGUAAUUAUUGCUGUACCAGUGAAUGGGCAGGGUAGGUCUCUGCAGAUUCGAUGAUGAUGAAACCAGAAAGGGGGUCUUGAGUGGUCACUGUCAGCAGUGGUUGGGAGUCCCACAGAGUGACUUAUUGGUCCAAGCUUAUCUUCCUUUAAUUGGUGGAGGUUGUUGGAGCUCUGGGAGGAGCCAACAGGUCCCAGUGGGUGUAUCCAAAUCAGUAAAUAAAGGAAACGAGACUAAAUAAUUGAAAAUAUAAUGAAGGAAACAGAAAGUGUUCCCUUUGUAACUAGACCAAACAUCAAGAUGUUUGGACUUCAUGGUGGCCCAAUACAGAACCUGCAAAGCAUUCAUACUUACUAACAGCAAUGACAGUAAAUUGUCCAUAGUAUGAAUUAUCAUUGCUUGUCCUUGCAAAAUAAACAAGAUUGUAGCAAUGAACUUGUUUAUUUUGGGGAAUCAGAUUGGUCAAAUAAUUACCCGAAUCAUGACAGAACUGAGACGUAAAUUUGAUCCAUGGUUUAUAUUGAUUGUGAACUCAUCGUGUAAUGUAUAAAUCUGUACAAAUAAUUCUGAAAGGCAGAACUGUUGUUAUUAAUAUUUAUUGGUGUUAAUGUCCGCUGCUAAUGAUAAUUGGAUUCAGUUUAUCAUUAUACUGAUUCUGUUUGGAGUUGACAGGCAAUGGAAUUAAGAAGGAAUCAGUCUUUACAUAGAAUAUGUUUGCCCAUUUGCGGGUAUGUACAUGUGUGUAAGUGUAUGUGUACUUGUGUGUGUAUAUAUGUGUGCAAGAGUGUGAUUGUGUAAAAGUGUUCAUGUGUGCAGGCCCACACAUAAGGGGGCUCUGUCACUGUAUAGGCCUCAUGAGAGGACAGCGCUGUCUCCUGUAAUAACACACACACUCACACACACACACACACACACACACACACACACACACACUCAUACACACUCACUCACUCACACACACACUCACUCACUCACUCACUCACUCACUCACUCACUCACUCACUCACUCACUCACUCACUCACUCACUCACUCACUCACUCACUCACUCACUCACUCACUCACACACACACACACACACACACACACACACACACACACACACACACACACACACACACACACACUCACUCACUCACUCACUCACUCACUCACUCACUCACUCACUCACUCACUCACUCACUCACUCACUCACUCACUCACUCACUCACACACACACACACACACACACACACACACACACACACUCCGAGCCACCCCUGAGCUUUUGGGGCUCAAUAUGAAAUUUAAUUUGCCCCAUGUCUUUUCAGUAGACUGUGAUUUUGAUUGUGGGGGGUCAGGGGUGUGUAAGAGUAAUGGGGUGUGUGUAUGUGUGUGCAUUUUGUGUGUGUGUGUAU